UAAAUAGUAGUAAAUGAUGACAUUUCUUUCUGUCAGUAAAGGAGGACCGCCUCAGAAAUCGGUUCAGUCACGAGAGGAUCAGACACACGCGGAUCAACUCAAACUCUAACGAAAACUGAUGCUCUUUGUCAGAUGAGAAGUGCAGGAUGAGAAGUCGGUCACUGCUGCUGAUGCUGAUGUUGUUUAUAACCCACCUAACAGCUGAGGUGUGUCAUUGUGAGGAUGUGGUUAUCACAUCAAUGAUGUCAUUAUCAACAGAGGAGGUGACAGACAUCCCAGCAUCCAUUCAGGAUCUAAGAAUAACACGUACACAAAUCCUAUCUGCCCAGUUUGAGUGUUACCUGAAAAUAUUACACGACCCUCCACGCAGUGAACCAGGACCAUACUGUAAUCGCACAUGGGAUGGCUGGUUGUGUUGGGGAGACUCCGCCCCUGGUACCGCCGUACAGCUCUGUCCCUCCUACUUCCAGGACUUUGAUCCAUCUGAGAAAGUGACCAAAGUGUGUAACUCAGAUGGCCAUUGGUUUCGACACCCGGAGAGCAACCGACUGUGGUCCAAUUAUACUCAAUGUUCAGCGUACACAGAGGAGAAACACAAGUUGGCGUAUGUUGGUUAUUACCUGGCAGUGGUGGGUCAUGUCCUGUCCAUCAUCUCACUACUGAUCUCGAUGUGUAUCUUCUCCUGUUUCAAAUGUUUGAGCUGUCAGCGCAUCACUCUUCAUAAAAACAUGUUUACUUCGUUUAUCCUCAACUCAUUCGCCACCAUCGGCUGGUUCUACCUGGUCACCGGAGAGCACCAGGAGAAAACGUACUUUGUAAGUGCAACUACCGGUAAUAUGUCACCUGUACUUGUGUGUUUCUUGCUUGGUGUUAAUCUUUUGUGUGUUCAGUCUCAGAUCGGUUGUAAGAUUUUGGCCAGUAUAACCCAUUACACCUCCUGCUCCAAUUACUUCUGGAUGCUCUGUGAGGGAAUCUAUCUUCACACGCUCAUCAUCGUGGCUGUGUUUGUAGGAGAACAGCAGCUGGGGUGGUACUAUGUCCUCGGGUGGGGUUUUCCUGUAAUUCCUGCUGUUGUGCAUGCAGUGGCACGCCUGCUCUUUCAUGAUGACAAGUGUUGGGUUAUUAACACAAAUCUGCUGUACAUCAUACACGGUCCUAUCCAUGUGGCUCUACUGGUCAAUCUCUUCUUCCUUCUCAACAUUGUGAGGGUGUUGAUCACUAAACUGAGGGUCACUCAUCGGACCGAGACCAAUGUCUACAUGAAAGCCGUGAGAGCCACGAUCAUCCUGGUGCCGCUGCUCGGAGCUCAAUUCAUCCUGGUGCCCCUGCAGCCCAGCGGACGAGUUUCAUUGGCCAUCUAUGAGUUAUUCAUGAACAUCUUUGCACAUUUUCAGGGGCUUCUGGUGGCCAUAAUCUUUUGCUUCUGUAAUGGAGAGGUGCAGUCUGCUCUCAGACGAAAGUUUGUUCAGUAUGGGUGUCAGUGGAGACGCAGACGUCUUACGAUAUCUGAUUCUCACUGUAACUACCAAACAAACUCCUCCAUCACCGACAACAGUCGUGUAACCAUCGGCCUAGAUCAUGAGAAGAUGCAGACGCUCAACGGCCAGACCAACGGCAGACGGCGCUCAAACGGAGAUCCUGAGGGAAGCAUGGAGUCAUCUGAAAUCUGAACCUCCUCCAGCAGAUACCAGUGUUGUGUUAACCUUUUAGUGAUUUAUCAUUAUUGAAGGGGCCAUGGCAUGAAAAUCUGACUUUUUCCAUGUUUAAGUGCUCUAAUUUGGUCCUCAGUGCUUCUAUCAACCUAGAAAAUGUGAAAAAGAUCAACCCAGUAACUUAGUUUUGGUAAACCAUUCUCUACAAGCACAUGAGAAAAUAGGUCGUUGAAAUUUGGCUCUCCUUAUGAUGUCAUAAAGAGCUCUUAUUAUAAUAAUACCGCCCCUUAAUCUGCACUGUCCAACCACAGCACUGCCAUUUAGUGCAGAGAGAAAGAGAGAGAGAAAAUAAUUCACAGCACAAUUGAGUUUCAAUUGCAACAAACCGCUCAUUUGCAUUUUAAAGGACACACCCAAAACGGCACAUUUUUGCUCGCACCUACAAAGUGUCGAUUUUAACAUGCUAUAAUAAAUUAUCUGUGGGGUAUUUUGAGCUAAAACUUCACAUAUGUACUCUGGUGACACCAAAGAUUUAUUUAGCAUCUUAAAAAAGUCUUGUGCCAUGGCCCCUUUAACACCUAUACCACAGGUCUGUUGCAUGCUUUAUUCUGAUUGGUUGAGAAAUGUUUCACGGGUAUGUAUUAUUUUUCGAUAACCGGACACCUUUUCAAAUGACUUACAAAUAGGCACCAGAGCAAUAUUUGUGGUAACCGUGGUAUAACCACAAAUAAAUUGUAAAAUGUGUUAAUGGAUGUCACAUAGAUUCUGUUUGUUUACACACAUUAGUGUCCAUGUGUCUCACUUGUAUGUAUAAAAGUGUUAUGUUGUAAAUACGACGUUUUAUAAUUAUGUGUAAUUUCAUUGUAUCUGUACAAAAAACUGUAUUUUUAUGUGUGACAUUAUAAAGGCUAAACCAUAUGAGGUGAGGGGAUUGUAAUAAAACGAAUAACAAAUAGAUCAAAUAAA